AUGUCAUCGUGGCAGCCUUGUAUGCAGUCGUGUCGGUUGAAUGGCAGCGAGCUCCAUGGCCGUGGCUGGGCUGACGCCGUUUAUGCAACCUUUCACAGCAUGAAUCACUCUGCCACGUACACGGACUGGAAAGACUUGUUAAUAAGUAAGACCGGCAUGAAUUCGCAGACAAGUCAAAGAUCUUCGCUGUACGUUUGUCCAGUGUUGGACGAAGCGUCGUGUUUCGGGUUGCAAAUUGAUCACGAAUUUGUGGAUAAUGGGCUACCAAACAGAAUAUAUUUACUCUUGAGAAGUUGCAGGAGCUCAAACAAGGUCAGAUCAGCAGAUUUCCGGUACUGUAUUCGUGCGCCACAUGGAUACACAACAAUCUAUCGAGUGAUAUUGUUGCUGGAAAGGAUUUAUCGAUUCGCACCACAUGGCGUCUUGGAUAAGGAUGAGUUCCACGUCAGCAGCCAAUAUGGGCCAGACAGUCUAGAAAACGCCAAGUUGGUGCAUGGCAUGGCCGCGGAGGCUUCAACAGCACCGUGUAAUGGUAAUUUGGUCGGGCAUGAAUUGACAUGUCGUGCCAACGCCUGCUAUCUUGACUUGAUCUUGGCCGUUGAUAAUGAGCUCUGGCCAGGCCAAAAGAAGACGUCAUAUUUACUAAGUAUGCGACCAAGGCUGGCUGCGCACACCACCAUGCUCCAUGGACACGUGACGUAUGAUUUCACUGUUUUUGAUGCUCGAGGAUCCGCAAGCUUGCCAUGGGCACUAGAAGAUGGUUGCAUCGACCGAACAGACGUAGCGCCCGUUCAUGCGCGGCCGGCGGCACCCGUCGGUGCAGAAGCCGAGAAGUGA